AUGUCCAAAAAGAAAGGUUUGAGUUUGGAGGAGAAGAGGACUCGUAUGCUGGAGAUUUUCUUUGAAUCAAAAGAUGUGUUUCAACUGAAGGAUAUUGAAAAGAUUGCACCAAAGUCUAAAGGCAUCACUCCUAUGGCGGUGAAGGAGGUGCUGCAGAGCCUGGUGGACGACAACAUGGUGGACUGUGAGCGGGUGGGGACCUCAAACUACUACUGGGCAUUUCCCAGUAAAGCCCUGAACACUCGGAAACACAAGUUGGAUGAGCUCAAGAAACAGAUUUCAGAAUCAAAGCAGAGAAAAGAGUCACUACAGAAAGCAGUGGACGCUUCUAAAGUGGGACGUGAAGAUACGAACAAGAGGAGUGCUCUGCUGAAGGAACUGGAGGGUCUGAAAGAGGAGCGCGUGCAGCUACAGGCCGAGCUGGACAAGUAUAGAGAAUGUGACCCAGAAGUAGUCGAGGAGAUGAAGAAAUCAAAUGUAGUAGCCAAAGAAGCAGUCUCCAGAUGGACAGAUAACGUUUUUGCCAUCAAGUCAUGGACCAAGAAGAAGUUCUCCUUUGACGAAAGCCACAUCAACAAAGCUUUUGGGAUCCCUGAGGACUUUGACUACAUGGACUAA